UAGUCACAUUUAGUCGAUUACGUUCUUUAUACAAUUAUUCAUUACAUUCAUUUUUUACGUUUUUUCCUCAAUUAAAAAUUACCAUACAUAUAUAUUAAAUUCCCAUAAUUAAUAUUUUGAUAUCAAGUUUCAAAUUUCGCCCAAAACAAUGGAACUGGACAAAGAGAGUUUAUCAGUUUUGAAUACUGUUUUAAAUAACCCGCCAUCAAUUCCUGAUGAAGAUCUGAGUGGGGGCGGAGGAACGCAUGGAAAAAAACACAGCAAACCAAAGAAAAAAGAUUCGUCAUUGAAUCACGGUAACGAUUUAACGGAAAUACUUAAAUCAAACAGCUCAUUAGACGAAAAAUUACAAUUAGUAUGCAAUAAGUAUUCAGAAAUAAUGCAUGCGAAUCGUAAAUUAAUGGUUGCGUAUAAAAUAUCUGAAGGACGAGCGAAUAAAUUGCAGCAGGAAAAUGAACAGAGUCAGCAGCAACGAUCAAAAGCUGUGUUGGCACGUUCGCGAUUAGAAAAUCUCUGUCGCGAAUUGCAGAAACUCAACAAGGCGCAAAAAGAAGAAAUUGAUUUGAAGCUACGUCUUGAGGAGGAAAAGAGAAAAGAAAUUUCGGCGACAUUUCAAAGUGCGUUUGCUGAAAUGAGCACUCUUACUAAUCAGAAUACCGAAAAAAACAGCAAAAUGCGAGAGGAAAACUUGGAAAUGCGGGAAAAAAUAAAGUCAGUACGCGAAAGGAUUGAGUUGAGUGAACAGCAGUUGGAAAAAGUACGUCAGCAAGCUCAAUUAGAAAUAGAAUUAGCAGAAGCUAAAAUGGCUGCUUCCAAAAUGGAAAUGACUGCAGAAAAAGAAACUUUGCUGAAAGAAAAACAACAAUUAUUAUUAAAAUUAACAGAAUAUCAAGUACGAAUAAGUGAAUUACAAGCAACAGAAGUAGGAUUGAGAAGUCAAAUAAGCAUGUAUACUGAAAAAUAUGACGAUUUCCAAAACGCGUUAGCUAAAAGUAAUCAAGUCUUCAGCGGAUUCAACGAAGAAAUGGAGAAAAUGUCUAAAAAAAUAAUAAAACUAGAAAAAGAAACGAGUUUAUGGAAGCAAAGGUGGGAAAAAAGUCACGCGUCGCUGCUGGAAAUGGCUGCGGACAAGCAGAACCGGGAUACCGAGAUGUCUAAAUUGAAUCACAAGUUGUCGCUGCUCCAAGAGUUAUGCAAAGCGUUUCAGCGCGAGCGGACGGAACUCCUGGCCCAACUAAGAGCAGUAAAUGGUACCGCAGCUUCCAGUGUCCAUAACACCAAGCUGGACAAAGUGGACAUCAAACAGGUGGAGGAAUUGUCCAAAGAUUGCCAGCAGCUCAAAGACGACUUGGCGCAUUUACAAGAUAAUUUAUCGGAGACUAUUGUCGAGACCAAUGAGGAAAUAAAAACUGAAACGACUGAUAUUGAUGAUGAUAAUAAAGAGGAAGCAACUUCAGAGUCAAAAGAUUUACAAGUUGAUGGAAAAAAUGAAAUCGUAGAAAUAAAAAUAGAAAAUGGAGCAGAAGAAAGUAAAAUCGAAGAAAAUGUAAUGGAAAGUCAAAUAAAAGAAAGUACAUCAUCAUCAAGUACUGAAAUAGUAUCAAUUACAAAUGAAAAUGAAGUAAAACCAAUUGAUAAUAAUUUAAUAUUAAAUAAUAAUGAACCUCUUCCAGUAUCUCAGUCAAUAAAUUCAUCAAAUAGUAAUUUAAAUAUAGAAGCUCAAAAAAAUAAUGACGAUAGCGUUAAUUCAUGCUCAAUAAUUAAAAGUACUGAUACAGAAAGUCAUACAAACGCAAGUACUGACAUUGAAGUAAAUAAAGUUCCCGAAACAGACGAUGGGGAAAUUAAAAAUAAUAGCGAUGACUCAAAACCAAAUACUAGUGACGACAAAAGUAAUAGCUGUCCAGCAAAAAAGAAGAAGGGAAAGGAUGGGAAGCGGAAGAAAUAAUUUAUUUUAUACUAAUACAUUUGUAACAAUGAAAGAUAAUUUAUACAAUCAAUUGAAAUAGUAAAUUACCUAGACGUAUCAAUAACUUAAUUUUUUUCAUACUCAUUAAAUUAUUUAUGUAAUACAUCAGUCAUUUAAUAUCACGAGUAACAAGGAACCCGAUUAAAAAAAAUUUGUAAGUAAAAUAAAAAAUAAAAAAAACUUUCUA